GUAAAAGCAGAGUGCUAGGCUGUAGGCUGUUUUGUUUAUGAGCAGCAGAGGCUUACUGAAAGUGUGUGCAGGAGGAACUAGUGCUGCAGAUCUUCUGGAGCUGCUGAAAAAACAAAGCCUGAACUGCACAAAAACACCAAGCUGGGGAAUAAUGAAGCGACUGAGCAUUGCUAUGCUUGUUAAUCUGCUUGAACUGUCCAUAUCUGUACGGGAUGAUCAGAGCUUCAUUACAAUCCCAUGUCAAGCAAAACGUGAAUCAGAAGUUCAGUACCGGAGAAUCACCUGGUACAAGGUGGAAGUGAGGUCUGAAAUGUUAACUGGUCUUGUGAUGAAAGACCUGCAUACACAGGAAACUGUCCUCUAUAAAUUCGCUAACCAGUCCUAUGAAGUGGGUGAUGAUUACUCUUUGCUGCUCCCAGAGGCUGGACAGAUAGACUGCGGUCAUUACCGCUGCACUCUGUGGCCUCCGCUGGGUCAUUACAUCCAGGAUGGUGACUACGAGUACUAUCCAUUAGAUUCAGGUUGCUCUAGACAUCAUCAGCAAACUAAGACCAUCCCAGAUGAGAAGACCAAGCUGAGAUUGUUUAAUGUUCCUGUAAUUCUUGCAAUCUCAAUUUUGCUGGCUGCUGGUAAUAUGGGGAUUGUUUACCUCAGCUGUAAAAGGAUAAUGCAGAAUAAAAAGGCAAAGCAGGAUAUGGAAUAUAUGUAAACGUGUGAUAACGAGUUUAAAGACACUUUCAGGGUGAACAGAUUGUUUGGUGUUUUGGUCAUAUACACACUUUUUAUUGUUACAUACCAGCUCAACCUUACAGUCUAUAGAAUUAUAGAAUACAAUGAUAUGAUGUUAUUAUAUGUUGUUAUUAUAUUAUAUAUAUAUUUCUAGUAGAAGUUGUUUCUACUGUUUCUGUAGUUAUACGGUUCUAUAAAUAAAUAAAUAAUUAGAAAUUAUACCCAUCUUCAGGAAUUCUUUAAUUCUCUAAGAUGUAUUUUCUUUGAUUUUGAUUUCUGUGAGUUCACAUUCUAGGAUUCACAUGUUGUCAUGAUAUGUAAGGGCACACUGACUGUAGAGUACCAUUAUUAUUAUUAUUAAUAUUAUUAUUAUUAUUAUUAUUCAUUAUCUGAACAUUUUCUCUUCCUAAGAAUUAUUCCAGCGUGACAGCUUUAAAGUUUAAAAUGUAGUACGUAAGUGACAAUCAUGGAAAAUCAGAAGAAGCUGUUUAUGUGUUUUUGUUACAUGAAGUGAUGUUUUUUCCCUUUAUGUUGUUAUUCAAAUGUAAAAAUAAAGCUAUUCUACCCUGUUACAAGAAUUCCAAAACCAUUAUGCACCAUUUGCAGUUUCCACAGAAUACCUCUUGCUAGCAAAACAGUAUUUCUUCCUGUUUCUUCUUCACUUGCACACACUCACUUCCACACAUGAUGUCUGAUCUGAAUGUGACAAAGUAGGAUGAACUUUUGGUGAAAAAUGAAGAAUUGCACACUUUGUAGAAUACUGGCCAUAUAUCUGGCCGUAUAUACAGCUCAGUGUUACGCCAGUGAAGAAACAAUCAUGAUCCACACAGAGUACAACACUACUGCCAUCCUGCCCUGUCCUGCACUGUCUUACAGUAAACAUUACACAUCUAUCUCCUGGUACAAGAAUUUCUCAAACAAAGAGGGCAUUAUUAGAAAAUCAGUCAAGCAUAGCAAACCACAGCUAUAUAAGAGCUAUGAGAAUCGUACAGAUGUCUUCAUUACAGAAGAAGGUUCUCUUGUCCUGAAGAAGGUAAACUUUUCACAAGCAGGGCCGUACAAGUGUUACCUGGCUGGAAAAGUUGGACACAGGAAUAAUGAGUCGUUUGUCAUGCUGAAUGUAACAGAGAAUGUUCCUAAAACAACAGCAACCCUGGAUGUCACCACCAAGGUUGGUCAUCAUUCCACUAAGAACUCAUCUUUGCCCGGUCUGGUUCUACCAGUGGAUGUGAAACCCUUUUCUGUCCUGGUUGGAUUCUUCAGUCUAAGCCUGAGCAAAGUUCUAUUCUGUUUUGUGUGUGUGUGGGGGAUGGCAAAGUUUAAGGAACACCAAAGAAGGAGAUUAUGGCACUAACCAAGGGAGAGCAAAGAAUUCCCGACCGGAUGAUAAUACAACAUCUACAUUUUGGUCAGAGUAAAACUUUUUAAUGGCUCUUUUUUUUAACUUAUAGAAAAUAUUAUUAAUGUAAUACAGAAGACAGCAAACCUAAUAUGGAACAAAAAAAAGGACAUCUAAGAGUCAGAUAAAGACGAACCAGAACCCACCUCAAAUGGACCAGUAUCAAAGACUUCUUAUGAAUCUAAGACAGGUCAGGCUGAAUAAAUAAUAGACAUGCACAAUCAUCUGUAAUUUGUUCGUUUACUGAGGAAAUGAGAGGUGGCUAAUAUAAAGCCUGUUAAAUGAUGUGUAUUUUUGUUAUACUAUACAAGAUAUAAAUAUUAAAAAUGUGCUAUUAGAGGUAUUCCGUAAUUACAUUUACUUAUAUUUACAUUUAUUACAGUAACAGGAUAUUAUAGCUUAUGCAUAUAAGAGCUAUAAUAUCCAUCAUAUAUCUAUAUACUGUAACUUAAUUGUGGAACAUUAAAAUGUGUAUGUACUAUAUAUUUUUAUGUGUAUGUAUGUAAAAUCUUGUGCAUUUUAAUCAAUGUGGUUCAUCCAUGUAGCAAAACGUUAUCUAGACUUUCUCAUGGUACACAAUGUAAUUAAUGCUAUAGCCGUCUGUAUGCAUCUGGAUAUGCAUAAGCCACUGGACUGUGGUGUGGAAGGCGAGGGAUGAGCACCUACCUCAGUAAAACGUUUCAAUAUGCUUGAGUAAGCAAAUAUGUUUUCAAUUUUUAUGUUUAUUUCAUGUCUGUGUUCGUUGUCAAUAUAUUAUGAAGGAUAUAAUCAGUCCCUAUUUAACUUUUUAACCUUAAACUGUUAUGAAGCACUUAGCUUCCUUCCUUAUGAGGGACCAUCCUAUUCUUCAGCAUCUUCAGCAUACUGUAGAAAUACUGAUCUUUGUUACAUUUUCAUGAUCUGGAUUUUUUUAUCGAAAGUUACAGAUUGAGAUAGAGAGCGCACAGCUGCUUCAUCCAGAUGUGAAGUUACUUAUUUGUCUAAUAAACAACUUUGUGUCAUCAUAAGAAAA